AUGAUAAUUUCAACAAGAAAAGACACGUCUUUCCAGAGAAGAAGAGGGAUUUUCCAACGAGAAAAUUAUAAAUAUCGGUCAAAACAUCGAAAUCAUCGAAAUCUGAGACACUUUCUUUUUUAUUUCAGUUUUUGCACCCACGUUUCAACACUUACUUUUGGUAUUCAACAUUGCAAAAGCAGGGACAUUGUACACACUAUGAUUGACGUUGACUUCAUUACUUCAGACUUAUCCAAAGUAAAGGUUUUCACUUCGGUUUCAUUAUUUUGCGGUAUUGUCUACUUUGUUGCAAAAUUAAAUAAGACAAUCAAUUCCAUCUUGGUUUUCUGUUGGGCGUGUUUCGUCAAGCCAUUGAUUCAAAAAAAGACAGUCAAGACUGGAGUCAAGAACCAACAGCAAAACUUGGAGCUAUUUUACAAAAACCAAGCUCAUAUUUACGACACUACUAGAACUGUUUUGCUCAAAGGUAGAAAAGAAUGUCUUAGAUUAGCUAUUUCCCACUUGCAAAAGAAGAAGGAUUUAGUUUGGAUUGAUAUUGGGGGAGGUACUGGCUCCAACAUUGAGUUUAUGAAUCAAAUUAGCAGCAUUUCAAAAAAUUUUAAAGCUGUGUAUUUGGUUGACCUUUCACCUUCCUUGUGUGAAGUUGCAAGAAACAGAUUUAUUGCUCACGAGUGGACAAAUGUACAUGUCUUGGUUGCCGAUGCUUGUGAUUUCACAAUUGACUACAAAAGUGCUGAUUUGAUUACCUUUUCAUACUCUUUGUCAAUGAUCCCUACCUUCAACGCUGCCAUUGACAAUGCUGUAUCCAAGUUGGAUAAACAAGGGAUUAUUGCUACAGUUGAUUUUGGUAUUCAAAGUAAUGACACCUCUAUUGGUAGAGUCAAUACUUUAGGUGGGUUGGUAAACAGAAACAUUCCUUGGAUUUUGAGAAACUUCUGGAGAAUCUGGUUUGAAGCUGACAAGGUUUUCUUGGAUUCCUCAAGAAGAAACUAUUUGGAGUACAAGUUUGGAACUAUCAAGUCGGUUAACCAAUACAACAAGACAUUGGGUAAAAUUCCAUACUACAUAUGGGUCGGUUGUGACAAGGCAAGAUCUUCGCAAAUAUUGACUAGAUUGAAUUGUUUGGCUACUGAAUCUCCAUACCUUGCUCCCUAUACCUCGCCAAAUGCUCAAAUAACUGAAUCAAUGCCAGUGUCCAAAGGUCAUGAAGCUGCUAUUGCCAACUUGCAAAAGAACUUGCCAUUCCCUUCCCUUUACUACCAAAGAGAAGUGUGGAGAGUAUACUAUGAUGAAAUGAACCAUUUGUAUGAGCAAUUCAAAAACCAAUACAUUUACGCAUUCACUUGGGAAGAUCCAAGGGAAGACCACAACAUUUUAAACUUCACUAGCGAUGAUACUGUGUUGGCUAUUACUUCCGCUGGUGACAACAUCUUGAGCUAUGCUACCUUGCCAAACCCACCAAAGAGAAUACACGCUGUUGAUUUGAACCCGUGUCAAAAUCAUUUAUUAGAAUUGAAGUUGGCUUCAUUUAGAGCACUCAAGCAAGAUCAAAUUUGGCAAAUGUUUGGUGAUGGACGCAUUGACAACUUCACUGACCUCUUGAUUGACAAAUUGGGACCUCACAUGUCAUCAAACGCCUUCCAAUACUGGAUGGAUAAAGGAACAAACGCAUUCACCGGAAAGGGUCUUUACGAUACUGGAUCAAGUAGAUGGGCUAUUAGGUUAGGAAAACUUAUUUUCAAAGUUUGUGGUAUUUCCAAACAUGUUACAGCAUUGUGCAAAGCUUCAAGGAUUGAAGAGCAAAAGCAAAUUUGGAAUGAGUAUAUAAAGCCUGUUUUGUUUAACCGUAUUGUGGGUUCAUUCUUGGUUGGUAACCCCAUCUUCCUUUGGAAAGCAUUGGGUGUUCCAGCUAACCAAGCAAAGAUGAUGGGACCAUCAGUUAUCAAAUAUGUUAUCGACACAUUGGAACCAAUUAUUGAGAGGUCAUUGAUUUCUGAAGACAACUACUUCUACUACUUAUGUCUAAUGGGUCAUUAUUCUAGAACCAACUGUCCAGACUACUUAACCACCAAAGGAUACAAAAGGUUGACUGGUCAAAAAUCUGUCACAGGUGACAUUCCAAUUGACAAUAUUAGAUUGCACACUGAUUUGUUGAAUGAUGUUUUUGCUAGAUUGAGCAACAAAUCAAUUACAAUUGCGAUUAUCAUGGAUCACAUGGAUUGGUUUGAUCCAAAUGGUGUUGAUGUUAUCAAUGAAAUCACUGCAAUUAAACAAUGUCUCGUCAAAGGUGGAAGAGUCAUGUUGAGAUCGGCAGCUACCUAUCCUUGGUAUAUCAAAACAUUUGAAUCACUUGGAUUCAAAUGUGAAGCUGCAGCAAUUAGAAAGUCGGGCAAAAGCAUCGAUAGAGUCAAUAUGUAUGCAUCCACGUGGGUAUGCACAAAACUCGAAAGUGACGAUGAGAACAGUGGAGACGAAGUAGUUGUUGGCGAUGUUGAUAUUGCAAAAUUAGAUGCUGGUCGUCGUAGAAUGAGUAGCUUGAAGAUUUAG